CGCUUCUCGAAAGUGACGGUCGCACGCGCUCUGCCAUCCUCUCAUCGAACCCGCGCAUCGCAUUUCACCGACUUAAACGUGACGUGCACCGCCGACUUUUUUGCGCGUCGAGUGAUUUGAAUUUUUCCCCCAUUUUGUGGUGACUCUGUUUUAUUUUUUUCACAGCACGUGGAUUUCGUCCGAACAUAAUCUUCGCAUUGUUAUUGAUGUGGCUUCACAAUUAAUAUUAUAAGCAGGUUUUCCACCAUGGAUAUGCUGCCCUUGCAGCAACUAGCCACAUACCUCGAAGAACUAGACCAAGCAUCCUUUGUUGCCACAUUUAAUAUAACCAGCUGGACAUCUGGAUGCGUAGAAUCGUCAUCAUCGAGGAGGCGGCAUUUGCGGAACAUUGGCGUGAAGACGUGUGCGGCUCGUGGCAGCGGCAACAGCGGCGGCGGUAUGUGGGGGCCCUCGUGAACCAUGAGCCGGUGCCCCGACCGCCCAUGGACCAGCCCACGACGAUUCGAGUCUUCUUUAGCGUGGGGCAGCGCGAAGAGACCGCGCUAUUUCGCUCCGAUACGCCCGCGGAACAAAUUAAAGAUUUGUUUAGAUCAGCAGCUGAGGCCGGUCCACGAGACAUCUUAAAACUAUACAACCAUGCUGGUCAGCUUUUGAACAUAAGUUCAGAUCUCCCAGAAAAUUCGAGAGAAAUACCCUAUUCCUUACAAGUUGUGGCGGCUAAUGGUUUGGCAAUGUUGCAAGAGACAACAGGUACAGAUUUAAAAGCAUUGGAGGCACGAGUGUCGGCCAUCGAAAGACAAAUGAAAAGCGAACUUCCUUUGCCGCAUGCCGUACAGGAAUUACAAAAAGAAGUCGACGGGUUCCGGGAAAAAUUGGAAACAUCAGAGGGUCUAAGCUGGCUUGGAUUCUUUAAGCAACUGCCAGAACCUAUGUCAACUGAAGAACUACGCAAACUUCAGUACAGACGAAAAAGCGACUCUGUUAAGAAAAGGGUUAAACAAAAUUUUGCUAAUAUAUGCGACGCACAAGUAUCGGAUAAUAUCCGCCAUUGGUUAAGAACGCCAACUUUUGACGCACGCCCCUGGGAAGACGAAGAGUUACUGCUGCUCCUGCAGCAAAUGUUCAUUGACCAUGAUAUUUGUAGCAAAUUUGCCAUCGACAUGACCACGUUGCGAAAUUUCCUCUACGAAACCUACAAAAACUACAACGAUGUUCCUUUCCACAACUUUAGACACUGCUUUUGUGUCGCACAAAUGUUAUAUGCAAUCUCGUGGUGUGUGGACCUUCCUUCUAAAAUCGGAGAUCUGGAGGUCUUAAUCCUCCUAACAGCAUGCAUAUGUCACGAUCUGGACCAUCCAGGAUACAACAACAUCUAUCAAAUAAACGCGAAAACCGAACUGGCCAUCCGUUAUAACGACAUAUCUCCAUUGGAAAAUCAUCAUUGUAGCGUGGCGUUUAGGAUUUUGGAAAAUGACGACUGCAAUAUUUUUAAAAGUUUCAGUAGCGAAGAAUUUAAGCAGAUCAGAGAAGGUAUUAUAAGAUGCAUUUUGGCCACAGAUAUGGCCAGGCACAACGAAAUACUCACCAAUUUUAAGGAGAUUUGUCCUACAUUUAACUACAACGACAAGGCUCAUGUCAAUUUGCUCUGCAUGGUGUUAAUAAAAGUAUCCGACAUAUCAAACGAAGCCCGUCCAAUGGACGUGGCGGAACCGUGGUUGGAUAAACUGCUGCAAGAAUUCUUUAAACAAAGCGACGCAGAGAAACUCGAAGGCCUUCCCGUCACACCUUUCAUGGACCGCGAAAAAAUAACCAAACCGUCGUCGCAAUGCAGCUUCAUUGGGUUUGUGUUGCUGCCACUUUUCGAAGCUCUGGGCGAAUUGCUCACGGAGCUGCAAGAUUUGAUUAUACAGCCCGUUAGAGAUGCCUUGGAGUAUUAUAGGAAGCUUAACGAGGCUACAAGGGAGGAGAGGUUGCACAGAAAAAGUAUCGUGGCUGAGCUGGAGCACCAGAAUCAAUCCAAUACACCCAACAAUCAAAGCCCUGAUGGUGUUUCCAAAUCUAACUCUAACAGUAGUGUUAAGAUGAAGAAGAGUCUUAGUUUUCAGCAAACUAGAUCAAGGUCUAGAUCGACCGAGGAAGACACCGAAGCCAGCCAAGAAAGCGUUCAUGGGGAAGAACAGCAAAGCUUGGAAGACGUGGCCGAGGAUCCGGAAAGCGGGGAUUCCGAGACGGCCACUGAGGUGGAAGUAUCGGAGAAAGCCUUGAAAUUCAAGAUCUCAACGGAAUGCAGCGUAAGCAGCACUGGCAGGAAAAGCUAUCCGGGUUCCAGGAAGGGCAGCAGAGAGAGAGGGCAACACUUGAGCAGCUCCGAAUUGGCCAGGAUGAUGCAGAGAGGGAAGCUAAAAACUACGGCUUUUAGUUUCGAUCAACACUGCUUGAUCGGAAAUAAAAGACUCUCGUUUGAUACCCCCGAGUUUUUGGACGAAUACGCUUUAACGAUACGGGAAAAGCUCGAGGAAGGUCAAGGUAAAGUCUCCCACAAAACAAACAAAGGCGAAUGCGUUACAGCCAAAGAAACAAUAACCUUGAACAAAUGCAACUCUGAUCAUGCAAAAGUGCCAUCUGGUGGAGGCGGCACGGACGAAAUGAAGAGCAUCUUGAAAUUCAGUGACAAUAAAAUGUUCACGAAUGCGGAAAAACUAAAAAUAAACAACAGCAGUCAGGUGUCCAGUGAGAACAGUGCGAACAAUCAGAAUAGUAUUCAGAACAAUUGUGUGGAACAAUUAAACGCGAAGAUAGCCAGUGAUAGUGAUAACAGUAUUUUGGACGAAAAAGUGCAAAUGGAGACGGAGAUUAGUGAAAGCAAAAACAAUCGCUCGUUUAUUUCGAGAUUAAGGCAGUUUACUGACAGGUUCGGGAUCUCCACCGAGAAAGAUGGCAAAGUGAAAAAGAGCAACUCGUUGAAGAACAACAAUUGCGCACAAAGUACACCAAACAAAGGUAAAAAGAAAGCAAUCGGGUGUUGCGAAGAGUCCGACGUGAUAAAAAACACAAAAGCUAGUACCCUCCCCAAAACCAAAUCCUCAGGCAUGAACAAAAAAGGAUGGACAUUUUUUGUUUUAGGAAGAGACAAACAAAGACUUCAGGGGUGGUCUUCGGACGCAGAAGUUGCGAAAAACGACUCCGACAAUCAAUCUCUACCUUCCACGUCGCAGCUGCAGAGCGAAAAGACCACGCCGCAAUCGUCUCCGAGAAAAAACGACCAACUCAAUCAAAUAUUCAAGGAUCAAAGCACGCUGAUCGACAGCAAGCUGAAAGAACUGAAAUCGGAGGAGGCCAUUGUCAUUUCUUCAGAAAAUAAUCACGGUCUAAUAUGACAUGAGGUCAAUCCUCCGGAAAGGGAGUGUUUUAGUAGAUACAUAUUCUGUCGGUGUUGUAAAUAUAAAAAUAAAGCUGCUGCUGCUGAAAAUGUUUGAGGAUUUAUUUAUUACGUAUUUAUUUCUUAAUGUAAAUGGGUUUUCUUAAGAUCAUCAAAUGAGAUUAACCGCACCAUUGCUAAUUUCGCGAAAAAAGCCAAAUACUUUUAGAAACACGUUUUUGACUUUUAUCCGAAAAUUUAUUAUAAAAGCGAUUUGAAAAGUUGCUCCUAAUAUAAUGUUUCGGUAAAAAAAAUUCUUAAAGUAUAAAUAAAUAGGUAACAGCUGACUCCAUAUUCAGAAGUUUUUAUUUAUUUAGUUUUUUAAACAACUUUUGAUGUUCUAAAAUCAAUAUUUAAAAAGGCUACUGUUAUGUGUAUAAUUGUUUAUGUAGAUCAUUUUAUCUAGUUUAAAAACAUAAAUGUUAAAAAUUGUAAUACAAAUGUAUAAAAUUUAGAGGUGCGAUUGAUCUAUUGCAGAGAAAGCAUAAAAUCUAAAGAUAAACAUUGCUAAAGAAGCCAAAAAUAUGUGUAUACGUACAUGAAAAUUAAAGAAAUUGUUGCUAUAGAAUGCUGUGGUCAUAAAAUUUAUGAUCAGAAAUUAUAUUUCUAUUAUUUAUUAGUAGCUCAAUAUUUUGUGAUUAGUAUCUUAAUACUUUUUUCACGAAAAUUAUUUUUUUAGCCAAUCUGGUACAUUAAAUUCCUUAGAGGGAUGGUGAUUGUUAAAAAAUUGCAAAUUUCACAAGAAAACUUGAGAAAUUAGUAAAUGAGCUUUAUAUACAUAUAGAGUAGUUAAGUAGCCUAUUAUUGGUAUUAUUUAGACUACUUUUGUCAAACCGAAUAUUUGUAAAUUUAUUUAGUAUAAAGACUUGAAAACACUUGCUCUUAAACCAGACAAAGUAACAAAAAACAUAUUCUAGAGAUAUGAAAAAGAUACUCAAUUGCAUUUAUGUUAUUUUGUGAAAUUUGUAUUUUAUAAAUAUAAAUAGACAAGUUUGUUUAUUUUAUGUCAUGGGAUAUUAUUUAAUAAGAAAUUUAAACAGGGUACUAACAAAAAAAUGUUGAAAGAAUUUACAUCAUCAUACAACAAGUUUUAUAUUUUUCUUAGCACCCUGUAUAUGUGAUUCUAGUCUUUUACUAUUGUUAUUUAGUAAAUAUUAUUUUAUAUGUGUGCAUUUAUAGAUUUAAGAUAAAUAGAUUAAUAUUUUCAUACCAAAUAACUUACUUCUAUACCUACCCUGGGCUAUAUUAAAUUUAAAUUAAGUUUGAAUCAUAAAAUUCUCACAUUUCUAAUUCUUCCCCUUUAAAAACAUAUCAGAUGCAUCUAAAAAAUUCAAACCUACAAACUUAUAUGUAAUAAGAAACUGUACAUUUUUCUAAGCAACAUCCUAAAUGGUGCUAGAAUAAAAUUUACAAUGUUUUAUAUAUUAUAACUUUUAGUUAAUGCAAUUUAAAAAAUAUUGUAAAAUUGAGAACAAACCUUGUAAUUAAAGAGUAAAGUACUUUCAAAAUAAAAUUGUUGCCAUAAUAUGCCAAAGAAUUCGUUUAAAUCUCUGCUGGGCAGAAAAUUUAUUCUUUGGAUCUUAUCGCGAUGUUGCAGUAUUUCGUACUGUUAUUUAUUUAUAAAUGAAGGACCAUUUUCGCCUAUACCCUUAAAAGGUCAAUAAUUAUUUUUUAAAAACCUAAUUGUGAAAAAUCUUCUAAGGGUUUAAAAAAAUUAAUUAUUGCUUUUAUUCUUAUUCCUAUUCUUAUCUAUAAAGAAAUCUAUAUUCUUCCUAUUUUAUAGAUAAGUCAUCUGACUUAAAAUAUUUACUACAUUAAUAUAUAUAUACUUAUAUAUAUUUAGAUAAAAAU